AAGUGGAGUCGGGGCCGGGCGGGGCCCGACCGACCUGGGCCCGAUUCCGAGCCGGAGCCAGACCGGAGCAGGCGGCGGUGGCGAAGGCAGCUCCUGGAGCCCCGCAAAAAGGCCACUGAACAUCAGGUAACUGAAGACAGUUUCUGAAAUGGAUGGCAGACACAGCCCAGACCCCCCACCAAGGCAUUCUGAUGUCAACCACAGAGGCCACAUGGAUGAAGAACUACCACAAAGAACCAGAAAUUGGGCAAAUAAUCCACCAGUUAACGUUCUAAGAGGAAGAACAGACCUACCCAGAAGAGAUGCUAGAGCUAACAACAACACUGUUCCUCGAUGGCAAAGGGAAGAAAGGUUUAGUGGCAUGGGGAGGAAUCCCCAUCAGGGAAGGAGAUAUCAGGGUGGACAGGCUGAUGAUGAAGCUAGAGGGCAAAGAAAUGGUCAAGACAAUGAAGCCAGAAGAAGAAAGGAACAAGAUGGGAGAGACCGAAGGCACCAACCUGCUGAAAAUGUCCAUUUUCGAAAAGAUCCCAUGAAGUGGAGGAGUCCACAUCAAAAGGCUGGGGAACAGUCUCAACAAGUUAAGAGGAUUGGCUUUGUAUUCCUAGAAAGUCUCCUUCAGAAAGAUCCUUCGGAGGUGGUCAUCACACUUGCUGCUAACUCUGGAUUUAAGGAUCUUCUAGAUCAUACAUUCAUGAAACCCGGCUUACUUCAGCUCAUCUGCCAAGUACUUAGGAAGGCAUGUAGCUCUAGAAUGGAUCGACAGAGUGUUCUGCACCUCUUGGGCAUUUUGAAGAACUCCAGUUUCCUCAAAGUGUGUCUACCCAGUUAUGUGGCAGGAAUGAUAACUGAGUCUGUCCCUGCUGUUCGACACCAGUACCCAGAGCAUAUUAAUAACAUCGUCUCACUUCUCCAAGACUUGGUAAGUGUGUUCCCAGCCAGCUCUGUGCAAGAAACCUCCAUGUUGAUGUCCAUUUUGCCAGCUUCUCUCAAUGCUUUGAGAGCUUCUGGCAUUGAUAUUGGAGAAGAGACAGAAAAAAACCUGGAAAAGGUUCAGACCAUCAUUGAACACUUGCAGGAGAAGAGACGUGAGGGCACUCUAAAGGUUGACACCUAUACUCUGGUGAAACCUCAAACUGCAGAGCAUGAGGAUAACUAUAGAACAAUGACUAUUUACCCUACUUACAAUGAGGUACAUCUGGAUGAAAAGCCCUUUCUUCGCCCAAACAUUAUCUCAGGUAGAUAUGAGAGCACUAGCAUCUAUUUGGACACUCACUUCCGACUCCUACGAGAAGAUUUUGUUAGACCCCUGAGAGAAGGGAUUUUGGAACUGCUUCAGAGCUUUGAAGACCAGGGUUUGAGGAAGAAGAAAUUCAACGACAUCCGAAUCUACUUUGACACAAGGAUCAUCACACCUCUUUGUGCAUCAUCUGGUAUUGUAUACAAGGUACAAUUUGAUACAAAACCACUAAAGUUUGUGCGUUGGCAGAAUUCCAAACGUCUGCUCUAUGGUUCCUUGGUCUGCAUGUCCAAGGAUAAUUUUGAGACAUUUCUUUUUGCAACUGUAUCUAACCGGGACCAUGAAGACCUUUACCAUGGAAUCGUACAGCUUUGCUUUAAUGAACAGAGUCAGCAGCUAUUAGAGGUUCAGCCCUCAGACUCCUUCCUCAUGGUGGAAACAACUGCAUACUUUGAAGCUUACAGACAUGUGCUAGAAGGGCUACAGGAAAUUCAGGAGGAAGAUGUCCCCUUUCAGAAGAACAUUGUCGAGUGUGAAUCAUACGUGCGAGAGCCUAGUUACUUGUUAAUGGGUGGCAGAUAUGAUUUCACAGCCCUAAUAGAUAACUGCUUAGCCAAUGAAAUUGGGAAACCGUCUCUAAGGAACAUUCCAGACUACAGAAGACCAAGAGUUAAUGUUUUAGACCAUAGUCAGUGGCCCUCAAAGGAAGCCCUGAAGCUAGAUGAAUCACAAAUGGCAGCUUUGCAAUUUGCUCUUACUAAGGAAUUGGCUAUUAUUCAAGGCCCUCCAGGGACAGGGAAAACCUAUGUAGGUCUGAAAAUUGUCCAAGCCCUUUUGACUAAUGAGCAGGUAUGGCAGAUUAACACCCGGAAGUUCCCCAUCCUUGUUGUCUGCUAUACCAAUCAUGCCCUGGACCAAUUUCUGGAAGGAAUAUAUAAAUGUCAUAAGACCAGCAUUGUUCGAGUAGGUGGAAGGAGUAACAGUGAAGUCUUGAAACAGUUCACACUAAGGGAACUGCGAAACAAAAGAGAAUUCCGACGGAAUCUCCCUGUACAUCUCCGGAGGGCCUACAUGAGUAUCAUGACAGAAAUGAAGCAGUCAGAGCAGGAAAUCCACAAAGGAGCUCAUCAUUUGGAGUGUACCACCAAUGGAGUCGUCCAUGAACGACACCUACAGAAAUACAUUGCCCCUCAACACUGGAACAGCCUGAUGAAUGGGCCGGAUAUUGAAUGGCUUUACUCAAGGAAGGGCUGGAAGCAAUCAAUGAUCCUGGAGUGGCUGGGCCUGGGUUUUACUGCCUUCACCCAAAGUGUGUCUUCACCCCCCACUGAAGAGCCUGAGAACACAGCUCGGCAGGAAGGGGGUGAAGAGGAAGAAGGUGAGGAGGAGGAAGCACUAAUUGAGAUUUCAGAAGAGGCUGACUUGAUCCAAGCAGACCGUGUGAUUGAGGAAGAAGAGGUUGUUAGGCCUCGACAGAGGAAAAAAGUAGAUAAUGGAGCUGUACAAGAGCUGGCUAAAAUGCUAUUGGCCAUGAGACUGGACAACUAUGGCCAGGCAGCACCUGAGCAGGAACAAGCAACUGGAGAAUGGGAGACUCAACGUAGUCAGAAGAAGAAGAUGAAGAAGAAAGUGAAGGUAGAGCUCCGAAAGUUGAAUGCAAUGACUGAAGCAGAAGCUAAGGAAAUAGAGGAUGUGUGGCAACUGGACCUGAAUACACGGUGGCAGCUCUAUAGGAUGUGGCUGCAGAUGUACCAGGCAGAUAUUCGAAGAAGGAUCCUGAACCAUGAACGACUGUACCAGGCCUCAGCAGAAAGGAUGGUAGAGCUGAAGCUACAAGAGGAUCUCUGUAUCCUCAAAGAUGCCCAAAUUGUAGGCAUGACAACUACAGGUGCUGCCAAGUACCGCCAGAUUCUACAAAAGGUGGAACCUCGAAUUGUCAUAGUAGAGGAAGCAGCAGAGGUGCUAGAGGCCCACACCAUUGCCACCCUGAGCAAAGCCUGCCAGCAUCUCAUCCUCAUUGGGGAUCACCAGCAGCUGCGCCCCAGUGCCAAUGUGUAUGACCUGGCCAAGAACUUCAAUCUAGAGGUCUCACUCUUUGAGCGGCUAGUAAAUGUCAAUCUUCCCUUUGUCCGUUUGAAUUACCAGCACCGAAUGCGCCCUGAAAUUGCACGGCUACUAACACCCCACAUUUACCAAGAUCUGGAGAAUCAUCCUUCUGUUCUCAAGUAUGAAAAAAUUAAGGGCGUCUCUUCCAAUCUCUUUUUCAUAGAGCAUGACUUCCCUGAACAAGAGAUCCUAGAAGGGAAAAGUCACCAAAACCAGCAUGAGGCUCGCUUUGUGGUAGAACUGUGCAAGUACUUCCUGUGUCAGGAGUAUCUGCCAUCUCAGAUCACUAUUCUUACAACCUAUACUGGACAGCUUUUCUGCCUCCGCAAACUCAUGCCAGCCAAAACAUUUGCAGGUGUGAAAGUCCACGUUGUGGACAAAUACCAAGGGGAAGAGAAUGACAUCAUUCUGCUAUCCCUUGUGCGGAGCAACAAAGAAGAGAAAGUUGGAUUCCUCAAGAUCAAAAACAGAAUCUGCGUAGCUCUGUCCAGAGCCAAAAAAGGGAUGUACUGCAUUGGGAAUAUGGGGAUGCUAGCCAAAGUUCCAUUAUGGAGCAAAAUCCUUCACACUCUGCGAGAAAAUGGUCAGAUUGGCAGUGCACUAAUGUUGUGCUGUCAGAACCACCCUGAUACACACACACUGGUAUCCAAAGCCACUGAUUUCCACCAGGUGCCAGAAGGGGGUUGUAGUCUCCCCUGUGAAUUUCGGCUGACCUGUGGACAUGUCUGUACUAGAGCCUGCCAUCCCUAUGAUUCUAACCACAAAGAAUUCCAGUGUAUGAAGCCCUGUCAGAAGAUACUCUGUGCUGACGGACAUCGGUGUCCAUCAGUGUGCUUCCAGCCCUGUGGCCCUUGCCAAGUAAAGGUCCCUAAAACAAUUCUGCGUUGUGGACACCAACAAAUGGUCCCAUGUUCCAUGCCAGAGUCAGACUUCUGCUGCCAAGAGCCUUGUCCCAAAUUCCUGAUAUGUGGGCACAGAUGCAGUCACUCGUGUGGAGAAGAAUGUGUUCGUCUUUGUUCUGAGAUGGUCACUGUCAAUCUCAAGUGUGGACAUAACCAGCAGGUGAAAUGUGGCAAUGUAGAAGAUCUUCAGUAUGGCUUACCCGUCAAGUGUACCACCAAGUGUAGCACAAUCUUAGACUGUGGGCACCCUUGCCCAGGCUCUUGCCAUGACUGCUACGAAGGACGGUUUCAUGAACGGUGCCAGCGUCCCUGCAAGCGCUUACUCAUCUGCUCACAUAAAUGCCAAGAGCCUUGCAUUGGUGAGUGUCCACCCUGUCAAAGGAUCUGCCAGAAUCGCUGUGUUCACAGCCAGUGUAAAAAGAAGUGUGGAGAGCUAUGCAGCCCAUGUGUGGAACCUUGUACUUGGCACUGCCAGCACUACCAGUGCACCAAACUCUGCUAUGAGCCAUGUGAUCGGCCCCCAUGCUAUGUGCCUUGUACAAAGUUGUUGGCUUGUAACCAUCCUUGCAUUGGCCUGUGUGGGGAACCAUGCCCUAAGAAGUGUCGUGUGUGCCAUCAAGAUGAAGUUACCCAGAUUUUCUUUGGCUUUGAGGAUGAACCAGAUGCCCGCUUUGUACAACUGGAGGAUUGUAGCCACAUCUUUGAGGUGCAGGCUCUUGACCGCUACAUGAAUGAACAGAAAGAUGAAGAAGUUGCCAUCAAGUUGAAAGUCUGUCCUAUCUGUCAAGUUCCCAUCCGCAAGAACCUUAGGUAUGGUACUAGCAUAAAAAAGCGUCUGGAAGAGAUUGAGAGGAUCAAGGAGAAAAUACAAGGCUCAGCUGGCGAAAUCACUGUCAGGCAGGAAGAGCUACAGGUCCUGCUAGAAGGGAAGACCAAUAUCCAAAGGUUUCUCCCUGAGGAUUUUCUGAUGCUAAAAGAAAAGCUCUCUCAGUCUGAUCUGUCUGUGAAAGCCUUGGGUCUAGCUGAAAAUCAAAUCAGCUUCUAUGAGCGCUUGGCCAGCAUAAGGGAAUCACUGAGCAAGACAGAAGUUAGUGAGAGGGCUGGGGUAAGGAUUCGGCUGGAACAGGUCCAUAAGUGGCUAGCAAAGGAGCGUCUGAGUUUUACCAGCCAGGAAUUGGAAGACCUCCAAAGUGAAGUACAGAGGAUAACAUACUUGGUGAACCUCCUGAUCCGUUGCAAGAUGGCAGGGGGAAAGAUGAGCAGUUCGGUAGUGGAAGAAGUGGCCACCCUUCGAGAGAUCCUAGAGGGCCCUUUUAAAUUCAGUAAAAAUGACGAGGAACUGGUGGUGAAGAAAAUGAAAGCUCUGGAUGCUGUCCUUCCUUGCUGUGGCUUGGGCAUCUCAGAACAAGAACGGGUACAGAUAGUAAAUGCUUUGGGCUAUCCCCGAGGUCACUGGUUCAAAUGCCCCAAUGGCCACAUCUAUGUGAUUGGCGAAUGUGGAGGAGCAAUGCAGAGGGGUAAAUGUCCCGAUUGUGAUGCAGUAAUUGGUGGUGAAAACCACACUCUGGAAAGUAACAACCAAUUGGCUUCAGAGAUGGAUGGUGCCCAAUAUGCAGCUUGGUCUGAAACAGCCAACCUGUUGAACUUUGAGGACAUUCGCAGGUUGAUCUAGGAAGAUGCUUUCCUAUUACCUUUCCUUUCUUUCUCCCUCAGCCACAGCCAGGCUGGGCUUGGCUCCCUGAAGAAGGGACUGCUAUUCCUGACUUCCCUGAAAUCCUGGCACUCUACUGAUCCAUUUUAGGACUUUUCCAGUGUUUGUUCCUAGAUUUAGUCCUGCGCUUAAGUGAGCACUUUACCUCUAAUCGAGAAUAAAAUUAAUAGACAAGAUUUUCCCUUUUCUUUCUCUUAUAAGGUCAGCCUCCCUGGUGCAUGUUUUGGGCUUAAGUUGCCUAGUGAUAAUCUCCUGGCCCUGUCUUCCUGCCUGUCUUAGCUAAAUGCUCUUUGUACAGUGCUUAUAAUGGCACUAGGCACACGGUAGGAGCUUAAUACUUAAUGACUGCAUCUCAGGCCCCAGCUAUGCAACCCAAUUUUGUCCCAAAGGAGAGCUACAUAGAAGACACUUGUCCUUGAAAGGAGCUCAACUGGAACAUUCUUGCAUCCCUUUGGGGCCAUCUUCAACUCCAAAAGGAAAUGAAGAAAAUGCAGAAAAUUCAAAGUCUACGACAGGGUUUUAAACCUAACUUGGGCCUUGAACAUGUCCAUGUUGACCAAGGAGUAACAAUAGUAACACUUCCAUUGGCUUGUAUCACAAGAAGACGAGAAGCUUUUUUAUCGCAGUUUAAACAGGUUUGGAAGUAAGGCUGCCUCCUGAGGCAUGCCUCGUUCAUUCCCCCGAGUGGAAUAAAACUGACAUUCAGUACCAGCAGCACCUACUUAUCAAAGUGUAACCCUUUCAUCUAUCCUUCCUAUAUCAUGGCUUUUGCCUGGGUGGAGCUUUUAGCAUGCCUCCGAUGUCUGCAGGCCCAGGCCAUACUCAGGCCAUCUGUCCUGCUUAGGUGUUGCCUCCAUGGCAUUUGUUCCAUAAAAGACAUAGAUUUCUCAGGUCCUUUCUACUGUUUGCAAGCAAAAUUCCCCUACCUUAUGUAUGCGUUCCCUUUUUGUCUUUACUAUGCACUUUAGAAUAUGAUGCCAAUUAAUAAAGCAAUUAUUGACAAAAAUAAA